UAAAAUCAGAUUGCGAGUGCGCUGGCGAAGGUGAAGGCGAAACUGCAACAGCAGCAGCUGAGUAGCUGAGCAAGUUGAGCAACUGAUUCGCUGAGCGAUUGAGCGACUGUGAGCCUGUGGCAGUUAUUAAAUCGUCGUGCUGUUAAUAACAACGCGGCGCGCGCGUGCAACAUCAACUGAAAAAUUCAUAUAGGAAAAUUACUAAUUAUAAAUAUAUUUUUUAAAGUUUUUUUUGAAAAAAGUGCUAAGUACUUACUAUUUAUUGGUAAAAUCUUAGUAUUUCAAAUAAAUCAAACCUAGAACAUCAGCAACAAUAACAAUAGCAACAUGAGUGCAGUCGAUGCGGUGUUGAGUUUCAAACGAAGUCCCGACGAGGACUUCUACGGAAUGCUUAACUGUGAUGAGAAUUCAUCGGUUGAGCAAAUUCAGGCUGAAUACAAAAUUUUGGCUCUGCAGUUUCAUCCGGAUAAAAAUGACGGCGAUAAAGAUGCUGAGGCUAAGUUUCAAAAACUAAAGGAAGCUAAAGAGACGCUCUGCGACCCGGAGAAGCGCGCCAACUAUGACAAAUGGCGCAAUAGUGGCAUUGCAAUGAGCUACAAGAACUGGUUGGGUAUGAAGGAGCACGUGGGACAGGUGAGAAGAUACACAAUUGCUGAGAAAGUGGAUAAGGAGUCCAUGCAUUGGGCCACACCAAAGACCAAAGAUCGCAUGCUGCCCGAGACGGGCGCUACAGCAGGUGCCGGCGGCAGUGGUGGCCUUUCGGCGGCUUCACCAAACCCAGCCCAUCGACGUGCCUCCGAGGGUGGCGCCGCACUCUAUUAUGGCAAUCGAAAAACGGAAUGGGGCACAGAUAAUUCCGAUGUGGCCAAUAAGUUCCGCAACUAUGAAAUUUAAGCAGAGAAUAGCAGCCGCAACAAUAACAGCAACAAACAAUAACAACUAACAUAAAAGAACGAAGAAGCAAAAUUCAUACAAUACCCGUAAAAUAGGAGUGGGCGCAACAACAAAAAAAACUAUAAUAGCAGAGUAAAUAAGAAUUAAAUCAGUAUGAAAAUUUUAUUGACGCCACGGCACUUAAUUGAAUUGUAGAAGAGCGGAAAAUUUGAAACUAUAAAAUUAAAAAACCAACAAAAACCAUAUUAGCACAUUGCAUACAUGCAUAAUUCCACAUGUACUAAGCAUACAAAUGUAUGUACGUGUGUACGAGCAUGUAUGAGUAACCUUUUAGAAGCAGCAUUAUUGCACUUUAGCCACUUGGGUGCGCAACCAUACAUUCGUACUCACGUACAGUUAUUAGUAUUUUGUACACCUGCUGUGUGUAUGCAUAUCUGUAUAUGCACGCUGGUGAGCGAAAUAAAGCGGGAUAAGGAGAAGGAGAAAAAGCUAUACACAGGCAAACAAGCCCGUUUUGUCGGUUUGACCAUGGUUGGUUGCCUAAAAUUUCGAUGAAUUUUAUCAUAUCCAAAAUUUUCAAAACUUAUCUAAAUGUAUACACUGAAUGUUUUGAAAAAUAUUAACUAUAUGUUGUUACUUAUUAAAUAGUAAAAUUAUUAUUAAUAUUAUAUAAUAAAUAAAUAUAUUAACGUAUAUGACUAGAAGCGAAUGAAACAAAUGAAAAAAAAAAACGAAACUAAGAAACUGUAAUUUCAAUAAACGCCUAAAAUGAUGAAGAACAAGAAAAAGACGAUGAUUAUGAAACAAAACCUUAAGAAAAAAACUAAUUUAUAUUAAGUGUAAACCAAAUAUUAUGAAAUAUAUAUUUUAAGAGGAACUUGAAAGUAAUAAAUAUACCACAAAGCAACUGCAUUAAAUGUCUUUAUUUAUUGCGCAGAUUGAAUUUAAAAAUGUUAAAAAAGCAAAAAAAAAGAAAUAAAAAUAAAAUGAAAAUAAAAAUAAAAAUUAAAAAUAAAAAUAUAUGAAUUACAUACCUAAUGUUAAGAUCUAUACUGUAUUGAAGAAAAAUAUCUAUUGAUGUUAAAUGUGUGCCCCUUAUGACAAUCCCUGUUUUUGAAAACUUUACUAAGCUCGACUCGAAAAGAUUGCAACAAAAAAAUAUUAAUAAUAUUUACAUACAAACAUAUAUUCUAUACACCAUAAAAGAAGUUAGCAGCUUGUCCAAAAGUCCUACACAAACACACGAACAGGCAAAGGCUGUCAAAUUGGUAUUUCAAAAACACCGUAAACUAAAAUCAAAUCUGAAGCGAAUUUAAAAGGGAGAAAAAUAAAAAUAAUCAAAUAAAAUAUUAAAAAGUGUGAAAAAUACUUAACUACAAUUUUAGAAACUUGUGAGCCCCAGUGAAAAAGGAAAUAAAUUUAUUUAAAAUGCAAACACUACUUCCGUUGCCUCUAAUGCAAUUGAUGUACCGCACAAAAUCAAAUGUUAUAAAACAAAAUUAAAAUUAAACUUAAAAAAAUAAUAAAGACAAUUGAUAAGUCAAAAAUAUACUUUGCAAAAAAAGAUAGAUCAAUUAUGAGGCUAGUUUGGAGUUUGCUUGCAAACCAUGACUUUGGAGAACUAAUAAUGAAAAACUACGAUCCUCUUAAUACAGCACAUCAGAAGUUAAAAAAGAAAAAAAACAUAUAUUAUAUAUGCAUAGAUAUUUUGCUUUCAACGGCGGAGUUUAUAUCAGAUGUGUGUAUGUGCAUUCUAGCAACUUAAAACUGCAAAAUACAAUACUGACUUACGAAUAUCCACGUGAAAUUGACCACCUACAAAACGAACAAGAAAAAUAGAUAUUUUUGUUUUAUAAAUGUAAACUUAAAAUAAACCUUAACGAGCGUAAAAAAUACUAGAUAACAGCAAAGAAAAUAUUUCAUGAAUUUGUAUAUUUUUUAUACUUUUUUUCUUUUAUUUGAACUCCUUUGAAAGCAUGUAAUACACGGUGCAGCAUCGCAGUGACUAAAAAUAAAGCUAAUUUAGAAAAAAAUGAGAAAGAUUUUUUAACCCAUUUAAUCGAACUUAUUAGAUGUUUACAUCAAAGCAAGAAUAAAAAAAAAUAAAAACAUAGAACUUGUUUGGUAACGAA